AUGUCCAGAACCAAAGUAAAGAGCGUGAGCAAAGUAAAGAGCGUGAGCAAAGUAGAGAGCGUGAGCAAAGUAGAGAGCGUGAGCAAAGUAGAGCGUGAGCAAAGUAGAGAGCGUGAGUAUAGUAAAGAGCGUGAGCAGAGUAAAGAGCGUGAGCAAAGUAAAGAGCGUGAGCAAAGUAAAGAGCGUGAGCAGAGUAAAGAGCGUGAGCAAAGUAGAGAGCGUGAGCAAAGUAAAGAGCGUGAGCAGAGUAAAGAGCGUGAGCAGAGUAAAGAGCGUGAGCAGAGUAAAGAGCGUGAGCAGAGUAAAGAGCGUGAGCAAAGUAGAGAGCGUGAGCAAAGUAAAGAGCGUGAGCAGAGUAAAGAGCGUGAGCAGAGUAAAGAGCGUGAGCAGAGUAAAGAGCGUGAGCAGAGUAAAGAGCGUGAGCAAAGUAAAGAGCGUGAGCAAAGUAGAGCGUGA